AUGAGCAAGUUUGAUCCAAAUGUGAAGGUAGAACAUCUCACCAAUAACUUUGUUGAGUCAUUCAAUGAUUGGAUAGAAGACCAUCGAUACAAGGCCCCAAUUGAGUUGCUAGAGGGUAUAAGAAUGCAACAAACGGCCAUGAUGGAUGCAAGGAAAGCAACAGCAGACAGAUGGGAGCACAAGCUCACUCCAAAAGUCCAUGUGAAGGUGCAAGAACUCCAGAAAAGAGCACGUUUUGCAUUAGUAACAAGGGUUGGAAAAGAAGAAUUUCAGGUGGAUUAUGACAAAAAAAGGUGUACUGUUCGACUGAAUGAAUUAUUUUGCAUUUGUGGCCAAUGGCAAGUAAGAGGAAUACCAUGUAUUCAUGCAGCUGCCUGUAUAACCACCACCAGGGCUGACAUAGUCAAUUAUUGCUCUCCAUACUUCACUACUGAAAUGUGGAGGAAGACAUUUAAGCAUGUUAUUCAUCCUAUCCCUGACGAAUCGAUGUGGCCUCAAUUUGAUGAUGAGGAGUUAUUACCACCUUUUGUAAGAAAACCACCAGGGAGACCUAAAAAGCAUCGUAGAAGAAGGGUUGCAGGAGAGGAGAGGCCUUUGCCACCUAUGUCAGAGAGGCAGCCAACUAGAAUGGGUGUUUCUAGCACUAAAAAGUGUAAGAAUUGCCAUGAAUUUGGCCACAAUAGUAGGUCAUGCAAGAAACCAUCACCAUGCCCAUCUCAACCACAAGCACAACCAACAAGAGGCAGGGGCAAAGGCAAAGGAAAAAGCAAAGGCAAGAGCACUGGUCAAGGCAGAGGAAAUGCAGAACAAACACAAUCAUCUAAUGGCCCAUCUCAACCACAAGCAUCGCCAAUAAGAGGCAGGGGUCGAGGCAGAGGUAGGGGGAGAGGCCAAGGCAGAGGAAGGUCAACAUCAUUUGAGGUUCCAAUGACCAACUUUGACCAACAUACUGCUGAAGAAAUGCACACCACUGCAGCACCAAUAGGCCUAUUCUCAACACAUGAUACUCAAUAGAUCUACAACCAACCACAACACCUUUUGAACACAAGUUGACUACAGUUUACACUAUUUUUUGUUGUUCUAGUUGACUAAAUUCAUUUUGUAAAUAAAAAAAUAUUGGAUGCAGUAUUUAUUUUGUAUUUUGACUAGCUACACUACUGGAUUUUUGACAGACUAAUAUGACAAUCGGUUGUGGUCCAUGAAAAUUACAA